AAGCAAAAACAAAGCAAAGCAGACGGUCUGCACACAAGAAGAUCCAAAUCGCUGCAGCUCUCGCCACUCUGCUCCGUGUCCAUCCUGUGCUAUUUUCCUCCCAAAUUCCUGUGGAGCGCAGAAGAAUCCUCCACAGACGGAGAUGCUUUCCCCUUGUAACUGCAAAUGAAUGAGCAAUUCAGCCAUCUGCUUCCAGAUAGCAAGUCUGGUUUCUUUCCACACAUAGUCUUCUCUCGCAUCAAUCUGGUAGCUUGCCUUCUUCCAGGUGCAUGCGCGAAAAACUGAGGUGAUGGAGCGAAAGACAGAAUAAGAGUUGGCUGCACUAAAUUCAGAAAGCACUUUGGUUGGAGGGAAGCAUCCUGUUCCAUCACUCAAUCCAUCUCUCUCCAUCAGUUAUCGUCUGCCACGACCCUUAUUGUGGAGCGCGCGCUCGUGUCGCUGCCACAUAAAAUUCGCUCUCGAUCUCCUUGUCAGCAUCAGAUGAGUGCACGGCCCUGCUGCCUCGGCGCCGCGCACGCACACGCGGGGCUGGCCUCUUCUUCUUCCUCCUCUUCUGCCGGGUCCUGCUGGGCGUCCAUGGCGCCGUGUAUCGUCGUCGACUGCUCCAACCUCAGCUGGCUCCUCUUCCGCGUCUUCUUCACCUACUACGACACCCACAACUUCGCCAAGCCCGGUCUCUAGCACACGCCUCUUCUCCGCUCCAUUUUCUUCCGCUAGCAAUUCUCUUCUCUUCAUCAGUGGUGCAACCACAAGUAGUAGCAAGCCCGGUCGAGCAUGUCCGGUCCCCGGCGGUGUGGAAGCCGGCGGCUGGCGGUGGUGGGGGACAACAGCAACGGAUACGUCGAGACCGAUCCCACCGGACGCUAUGGCCGGUUGGAUGAGCUCCUUGGCAAGGGGGCGAUGAAGUCGGUGUACCGUGGUUUCGACGAGGAGCGCGGCGUGGAGGUGGCGUGGAACCAGGCCUACCUGGCAGAUGUUCUCCGGACCCCGGACGCGGUGGAGCGCAUGUACUCGGAGGUGCAGCUGCUGAGCGCGCUCCGGCACGACGCCAUCAUCGGCUUCCACGCCUCCUGGGUCGACGUCCCCCGCCGCACCUUCAACUUCAUCACCGAGCUCUUCUCCUCGGGGACGCUCCGCUCCUACCGCCUCCGCUACCCUCGCGUGAGCCUCCGAGCCGUCCGCUCCUGGGCGCGCCAGAUCCUGCGCGGGCUCGCCUACCUCCACGCCCACGACCCGCCGGUGAUCCACCGCGACCUCAAGUGUGACAACCUACUGGUGAACGGGCACCAGGGCCUGGUGAAGAUCGCUGACCUGGGUCUCGCUGCCGUGCUCCGCCACCAGUCGACGGCGCACAGCGUCAUCGGCACGCCGGAAUUCAUGGCACCUGAGAUGUACGACGAGGAGUACGACGAGCGGGUGGAUGUGUACUCCUUCGGCAUGUGCAUGCUGGAGAUGCUCACCGUGGAGUACCCGUACAGCGAAUGCUCCAACCCCGCCCAGAUCUACAAGAAGGUCACCGCCGGCAAGCUGCCCGACGCCUUCUACCGUGUCCAAGAUGACGACGCGCGCAGGUUCAUCGGCAGGUGCCUUGUGGCAGCGUCCAAGCGGCCGUCCGCCGCGGAGCUCUUGAUGGACCCUUUCCUGCUCGACGGUCAUCAUCAUUCCACGCCUUGUGCCGUGAUGCCGCCAUCGUCGUCAUUGCCCGCUGCUCCUCAUUCUUCGACAUGCAGCACCUCCAAUGUUGACGAGGAAGCAGAACCUCCUGGCCCCAUCAGGACGGACAUGACCAUCACCGGCAAGCUGAAUGCCGAGGAGGACACCAUCUUCCUCAAAGUACAGAUCGCCGACCAGACAGAAACUAAUGUUGAUGCAGGGAAUAAUGUGCGCAAUAUCUACUUUCCGUUCGACAUGGCUAAUGACACGGCGGCGGAGGUGGCAGAGGAGAUGGUGAAGGAGCUGGAGAUCACGGACCGCGACCCAUCGGAGAUCGCGGCCAUGAUCGAGCAGGAGAUCAACAGGCUGCUGCCUGGGCGAGAGCAGCAGCACGAGUACAGUGUGUCCACGGCAAAUGGUGAUGACGACGAUGACGAAAACGAGGAGCGCCCUCCUCCCUUCUACUACCUCUCCUCUUCCCCCACCUCCUCCCAGGGUUCUCACUGCGGGGUGGGGCCGCAUGCCGGUGGCUGGUCCAAAGAUCACUGGUACACUUGUUUAAGCGACGACGAUGACACGAGCUCCAUGCAUUCCGGCAAGUACUCUGCUCUGCACUACGACGCCUCAGGCCAUGAAGAAGACGAGGCCCAAUUACCACCUCAAGACGGGCAUGUAGUAGGGCCCAGCUCCUGCUCAAAAGCAUCAGGCCAGCAGGUCAAGAACACAAGAUUCGGCCCAGGAGAGAGCAGCAGCAGCAGAAGCCCAGGGAGAGCAGAUACGGCCCAGCAGCAGUCCCUCGCGCGGCAGCUGCAGCGUCAGUGCAGCCUGUCGCCGCACGCCGGGCGGCCGCGGCGGCGUGACGACGACCACCGCCACCAUGGAAGGAAUAAUAGGAUGACGCGGAACCGUUCGAUGGUGGACAUGCGGAGCCAGCUGCUUCACCGGACGCUGGUGGAGGAGCUCAACCGCCGCCUCUUCUUCAACACCGUCGGCGCCGUCGAGGACAUCGGCUUCCGGGCGCCGGCGGCCACCACCACCUCCUCGUCGUCGUCCACGCGUGGCAGGAGAAGCAAGGACGACAAGCAUCAUCAUCAGUACGUCAUGCUUUAAUUGAGCAACCUGAUUUUUGUACUUGGAAAGCACAACCGUUACUACUGUACAGAGGAAGUACAUGUGUCACCAUGGCAUGCAUGGCCGCAAAAAUGUGUAGAUAGUGUGUAUUUUUCGAGCAGAAAAGUAGUGGUAUGGUUUUGUGACAAGCUCGCGACAUAUAAGCUAUGACACUCUGUACAUUAUUGCUGCAAUAAAGUAACGGCAAAAACAGUAGCUAUGCUGGCCGAUCGCAUUUCGCUACACCACUUUGUGUUUGGAAAUGUCGUUAAGGGCAUUGAUAUGAUUUCAGAAA